UUGUUUAGUUGCUGUGACGCAGAAUCCAGCUACAUUUUUUAAUUGUUCUUUUUUAAAUUAAUUUUACUAUAUUAAUGGCUACACUGAAUGCUUUAAAAUCGUGUGGUUUUAUCAGCUUCAAAUUACAGUUACUGAAGACUUCAACUUAUUUACCAAAUACUUUGAAAUUUGGGCAAAAUUAUGGCAAACGACUUUUGUGCACAUCUCAAAAUAUUCCAAAAUUGGAAGAGUUUGAUAAACCACAAUUUCCUGGUUCACAAUCACAAUGGACUGAAAAAUUAGAAUUUGUUAGAUCAGAUGUUUAUGAUGGAAUUCCUGUAUACAGAGUUAUGAACCGUGAUGGAAAUAUUAUUGAUCCUUCUCAUGACCCUAAGCUUGGCGAAGAGACUAUAACAAAGCUUUAUAAAGGAAUGACAUUACUGAAUACUAUGGAUCGUAUUCUGUAUGAAUCUCAGAGGCAGGGUAGGAUUUCUUUUUAUAUGACAAGUUUUGGAGAAGAAGGUACCCACUUUGGUAGUGCAGCUGCUUUGGAUCCUCAAGACAUGAUAUUUGGACAAUACAGGGAAGCAGGUGUACUGAUGUAUCGUGGUUUUACCUUAGACCAGUUUGUGAAUCAGUGCUAUGGGAAUAAAAAUGAUAUUGCUAAAGGUCGCCAAAUGCCUGUUCAUUAUGGAAUGAAAUCUCUAAAUUUUGUUUCAAUAUCAUCACCAUUAGCAACUCAGAUGCCACAUGCUGUUGGAGCUGCGUAUGCAUUCAAGAGAUCUCAAUCAGGGUUGUGUGUCAUCACUUAUUUUGGUGAAGGAGCUUCUAGUGAAGGGGAUGCUCAUGCUGCUUUUAAUUUUGCUGCUACUCUUAACUGCCCCAUCAUAUUUUUUUGCCGUAAUAAUGGUUAUGCUAUAUCAACUCCAACUCAUGAGCAAUAUAAAGGUGAUGGAGUAGCUGCAAGAGGCCCUGCUUAUGGUAUACCUUCAAUAAGAGUUGAUGGAAAUGAUAUUCUUGCAGUAUAUAAUGUAGUUAAAUCUGCCAGACAGUUAGUUAUUGAAGAAUCAAAACCUGUUCUCAUUGAAGCUAUGACUUAUAGAAUAGGACAUCAUAGCACAUCAGAUGACAGCAGUGCAUAUAGAUCUGUGGAUGAAGUUAGAUUUUGGCAUCAGAAAGAUCAUCCAAUAACUCGUUUGAGAAAAUACAUGGAGAACCAAGGCUGGUGGGAUGAUGCAAAAGAAAAAGCAUGGAAAGAAGAAACUAAAAAACAAGUAAUGCAGACUGUUGUGAAAGCAGAAAAAUUGAAGAAAGCUCCCAUUGAUGAAAUGUUAAAAGAAGUUUAUGAUGUAAUGCCACCGCAUGUUGAAGAACAACUUCAAUAUAUAAAAGCUCAUGUUGAACAGUAUCAUGAGCAUUAUCCUGUUGAUCAUUUUGAAAAAUAAUUUGUUUUGUUGCCAAAUACAGAUUGCAUUUAUAUUGUUAUGUUAUUGUUUAACUAUUAAAGUCCUAUUUUAUAUUCUUUUUAAGAAAAAGAAAUCUAUUUUUGUAAAACUUUUAAUAAAAUUUUUUUCUUG